UGCUCCUAGCCUUACUUUCAGGCUUUGCUGUUCAUUUUUGUUCUAAGAUGCAUGGAACUAAAAUAUGGAAAGAAGAGAAUGCAAAAGGAUCCUGUUUUCAGAAUCUCUCCCCAAAGUAGAGGGGCUCGACCAAAUCCAGAAGAACCUACAGACGAAGAUGAAGAAGUUCAAGCAGAAAGAAUAAGAGCAGCAACUGCCCUGACCACUUCAAACUUAGAUCAGAAACCAGUCAUAAUUGCCAGCUGUCUGCACAAAGAAUAUGCGGGACAGAAGAAAAAUUGCUUUUCAAAGAGGAAAAAGAAAAUAGCAGCAAGAAAUAUCUCUUUCUGUGUUAAAAAAGGUGAAGUUGUAGGGCUGUUAGGACACAAUGGAGCUGGUAAAAGUACAAUGAUUAAGAUGAUAUGUGGAGACACAAAACCAACUGCAGGGCAGGUGAUUUUGAAAGGGAGCGGCGGAGGGGACACCGUGGGGUUCCUGGGGUACUGUCCUCAGGAGAACGCGCUGUGGCCCAGCCUGACGGUGAGGGAGCAUCUGGACGCAUACGCUGCGGUGAAAGGGCUGAGGAAAGGGGACGCUGCAGUCGCCAUCUCACGGUUGGUGGAUGCGCUCAAGCUACAGGAACAACUGAAGGCUCCCGUGGAGACCUUAUCGGAGGGAAUAAAGAGAAAGCUGUGCUUUGCGCUGAGCAUCCUGGGGAACCCGUCAGUGGUGCUUCUGGACGAGCCGUCGACCGGGAUGGACCCCGAGGGGCAGCAGCAACUGUGGCAGGCAAUCCGGGCCACCUUUAGAAACACGGAGAGGGGCGCCCUUCUGACCACCCACUACAUGGCAGAGGCCGAGGCCGUGUGUGACCGAGUGGCCAUCAUGGUGUCUGGGAGGCUGAGAUGCAUCGGUUCCAUCCAACACCUGAAAAGCAAAUUUGGCAAAGAUUAUCUGCUGGUGAUGAAAGUGAAGACCCCCGCACAAGUGGAGCCCCUCCACGCAGAGAUCCUGAGGCUUUUCCCACAGGCCGCUCGGCAGGAAAGGUAUUCUUCCCUGAUGGUCUACAAGUUGCCUGUUGAGGAUGUGCGACCUUUAUCACAGGCUUUCUUCAAAUUAGAGAUCGGAUAUUUCUUCUAA